AUGCCUUCGUCAUACCCGCCCAUUACCAUACCCGCCGUCGAUGUAUGGACAUAUUUUCUCGAGCGACCGGACCGCGAGUACCCGGAUGAUCAUGUGCUCUUCGUAGACGUUGCCAGCGGUCGAAAGCUUACAUAUUCUGAUUUACGGUCCACCGCGGAGACGUUCGGGAAGGGCCUCCAGGAACAAUGGCGAUGGCGCAAAGGCGAUGUUUUGGCAAUCAUGACGCCGAAUGAUAUCGAUGUCGCGCCUGCUACAUUCGGCGCCUUACUUGCUGGAGGUGUCGUGUGUCCUUUCAACUUCAUGUACACCGUCGAUGAGCUUGUGUCUCAGUUAACAUCUUCGAAAGCCAAAGGACUGUUGACAAAUGCGGCAUGUCUUGAGGUCGCUUGCAAGGCAGCAUCGAAAGUCGGCCUUCCUCUGGAUCGGAUACUCCUGGUCGGAGAUGACAAGACAUCGGGAUCCGUUCGGCACUUCUCUUCUCUGAAAAGCGCGUCAGUCAGCAUGAACAGAGUCAAAAUCGACCCCAAAGAAGAUCUGGCGUACCUGGUGUACUCUUCUGGAACCACUGGCGAGCCAAAGGGUGUCAUGCUGACGCAUGAGAACGUCGUGGCAAACAGCAUUCAGGCUACGACGGCAAAUGGCUACAACACCAACUGGAAAACUGAUACCGGUAUUGGCUUCCUACCCAUGUAUCACAUCUACGGAAUUGCUACACUACUGCUAAACACCAUCUUCUACGGCGUGACCAAUCACAUCAUGUCAGGAUUUGACCUCAAGAGAUUCUGCAAGACGGUCGACAAAGAGAAAGUCACCAUCGCUUACAUCGUUCCGCCCGUCGCACUCGCUCUGGCAAAGGCCCCGAUUGUCGACCAGUACAACCUCACGUCCCUGCGCGACCUGCAUUCCUCUGCCGCCCCAAUACCCGUCGACGUCAUCACCGCGAUACACAAGCGCCUCGGCGCUCAAAUACUCCAAGUCUACGGCAUGUCUGAAGCCGCACCAGCCGUGAGCGUGCAACGCAUCGAAACCUGGACCACGGCGUUGGGCACAUCCGGAUGCUUGUUGCCCAGCAUGUCAGCCAAGGUCGUGAGUGAAGGAAAGGAGAUGGGGAUGGGCGAAGAAGGUGAGCUGUGUUUGAAAGGGCCGAACAUUUUCAAAGGGUACUACAACAACACCCAGGCUACGGCUGCGGCUUUCGAUGCGGAGGGAUGGUAUCACACCGGCGAUGUUGCAAAGUUCGAUGAACAUGGAAACCUGUACAUCACCGACCGUGUCAAGGAGCUCAUCAAGUAUAAUGGCUUCCAGGUCGCGCCGGCGCAACUCGAAGCUCUCUUGAUUGGUCACCCGGCGGUCGCUGAUGUCGCCGUGAUUGGCGUGUACGAUGAGUCGAAGGUGACGGAGUUACCGAGAGCGUAUGUCGUUGUGGCAGCGGGGUACAAGGGCGAUGAGAAGCUGCAGGAAGAGCUACAAUCGUGGUUUAACGAGCGUGUGUCGCCGCACAAGAAGUUGAGGGGCGGUAUCCGCUUUGUGGAAGCGAUACCAAAGAGCAAUGCGGGCAAGAUACUGCGGAGGGUACUUGCUGAGCAAGCUAAAGCGGAAGAAGCCGAGAAGACUGUGAAAGCUCACUUGUAG